UUAAAGCAAAGUCAGCGCUGUCCCUUCCGCCUCUCUCUCUUAUCUCUCUCGCUAGUCGCAGAGCAGCCAUGGACGACUGGGGUCUGCAGGCCGUAGUUCGAGGCUGCUGCAACGCCGCCAGCCCUUUCUCAGUCACCUCCUCCGCCUUCCGCUCCUUCUCAUCCCUACAGCCGGAUCCCCUCCUUCUCUCCUUUCCGUCGUCUUGCUCUUCCUCCUCCUACUCCUCAUCGUCGUCGUCUUCACCAUCUACUUUACUAACUGAUGCCGACCAACAAUCCAACGUCGUGGUCUUCCCUGACCUCCUCUCUUCCACACCAUCCAUGGAUCUCCAUGAUCUCUGGAAGCCCUUCUACUCCAAACAACAGUCUUCUUCUUCUUCUUCCCCUCUCCACCACAACCAUCAAAAGCCCUUGCCCCUCUCCGCCUCCGCUUCGCAAGGCCGCCCCAAACGAAGGAAGAGUCAACAAAAGAAGGUGGUGCGUCAUGUUCCCGCAGAAGGGCUCUCUUCCGACGUGUGGGCGUGGAGGAAGUACGGGCAGAAGCCCAUUAAAGGAUCUCCCUACCCAAGAGGAUAUUAUAGGUGUAGUAGCUCAAAAGGCUGCUCGGCCAGAAAGCAGGUGGAGCGGAGCAAGACAGAUCCGGAGAUGUUCGUGGUCACAUACACGUCGGAGCACAACCAUCCGGCUCCUACCCACCGGAAUUCUCUCGCCGGAACCACCCGACAGAAGUGUACGGAGAGUUCAGCAGCGGCGACGACCGCAACCUUUUCUGGUACUCGUAGUGGUGGUGCUAACGAGGCAUGCUCACCGUCGGACGGUUUAUCACCGACGACGCCAUUGAGGGCAGCCAUGGAGGACGCGAGCAAGUUGCAGUUUGACGACGAAGAGCCGGAGAUGGAGGCAGGCUCGGUCGGGCAGGAGGAUGAGCAAGAGGAGGACGAUGGGGAGGAGGCAAAUCUACUCAUGGAUCUUGAUGAACUCCAAGAUGACAUGUUCAUGAUGUGCGGCGGGGUGGACGAGCUUUUCCCGGUGGAAUUCCCGGAGUGGGCAUCCACCUACGCCGCCACCACCUCCACCGCCGCCGCCGCCGCCGGAGGAGGGGACUGAACCCCCCAGUUGGCAAAUGAUGGUGGACCCCUCCUUCCUUCCUAGAUUACUACUGAGGAGGCAGCACCUACCGCUCUCUUUCUCUCCCCAAUGAAUCGCUCCUCUCUUCUUUUCUUCUUUAAAAAAUUCACAGACGCUCCUCACUGUUCUAAGUCCUCUUAAUUUGAGCAUAUCAAAAGAUACCAAUAAACAAAUUUGAUAUGCAAUUUUAUAAUUUCUUGUGCAUCUUUCCAUCUCCUCCACCCUUUCUCUCCAUCUUUUCUUUUAUAUUUACUUUCUCCUGGAGAAAGAAUUCCGUUGGAGAAUAGUUUAUGCCAAUAAUGGAGCCUAAGCCAUUAAGCCUGCAAAGCAAGUGACGAUGGA